CGAGGUGUGUCGUUAGGAAGAGAAAAAAUGGAGGUUGGUUUGUGUGAAGAACAUUUGAUCACCAUCACCUCUGCGAUCGCAGACAGCUGCCAAGGGCCGAGCGUUCGAGCAGGCGACCUCAUCAUACUGGACAACAUUCAAGCGACCUUUCCUCGGCGUUUCAAAUCCGGAGAGAGCCUCACAGAGGCAUUGUGAUUGUUCGACGAUAUAGAGCACAGGAGCCAAUAUGCCGCCGAAGAAGGGAGGUGGCGGCGGCGCCCCCGCAAAGGUGGCCGUCGACAAGACAUUCGGCAUGAAGAAUAAGAAGGGCGGAAAGGCGCAACAGCAAAUAAAGACCAUCCAACAGCAACAGCAGCAAGCGGGCAAGUCUCGGGAGCAGCUGGCCAAGGAGAAGAAGAAGGAGGAUGAGAAGCGGCUCAAGGCCGAGGCCGAGAAGGCACGAAAAGAAGACCCGUCGUUUGCCAUUGCGCAGCCGCGGGUUCCCUUUGGCGUGGACCCAAAGACGAUUACAUGCGCCUUUUGGAAGGCGGGCAUCUGCGACAAAGGGGGCAAAUGCAAGUUUGCGCACAAGGAUGAGGCAUCGAGAAAGACGGAGAAGAAGGACUUGUACACGGACAUGCGAGAGGGCGAUGCGAAUGCUGCCAAUGGGUCGGCCAAUGGGGGAGAGGGCGACGACAAGAAGGACGACACGAUGGACAAGUGGGACCGGGCAAAGCUGGACAGCGUCAUUUUGAGCAAGCACGGCAACCCAAAGAGCACUACGGACAAGGUCUGCAAGUUCUUCCUGCAAGCUGUCGAGGAUGGGAAAUACGGCUGGUUCUGGGAGUGCCCCAAUGGCGGAGAGAAGUGCAUGUACAAGCACAGACUUCCUCCGGGCUUCGUGCUCCAGUCACAGAAGCGGGAGAAGGAGGAAGCGGAAAAAGCAAACGAGAUCUCGCUGGAAGAGUUCCUCGAGACAGCCAGGCACCAGCUUGGAUCGAAUCUCACACCUGUGACAGCCGAGACUUUCGCUACAUGGAAAAAGCAGCGGGUGGACAAGAAGCAAGCCGAGGAGGAAGCCAUCGAGAACAAGAAGAAACAACAGGCCCAGGCCAACAAGCUGGCUGGUCUGAGCGGCCGUGAGAUGUUCACGCUGAACCCUGACAUGUUCGCAGCAGAGGACGAGGAUGGGGCCGGAGACGAGUUCGACAUGGACAAGUACUUCAAGAAUUGGGAGCAGGCCAGAUCGGACGACGGCAAGGCCGAUCAGAACGACGACGCGGACAUCGACGAAGCCAACGCCAAGCUGGCCAACGUCGAGGUUUGAACUGCCUUGCUUCUCCGACCUCUCUGCAUCCCCCCAACCAUCCUUGUGUUUCUACAACCUCUCUCUCUCUCUCUCCAAUCUCUGUAAUCACACAUUCUUCUCUCCUUUCUUCUCGCUGCCGUUCUUUCGUCGACAACAUCAACAUUCCCGCCCCCCAAAAUGCAUCUUUCUCCUCUUAGAGAACGGCCAAGAUCCUUUUCUUCAAUGCAAUCUGCAAAUUUGAG